ACUUUCAACAGGUUACCGCAACGGUAGGAAAAGUGCGUGCUUUCCAAAGAGUGUGUAAAAAUCAGCCAGAAAUUGUGAAAAUUUAUGUGAAAAAUGUCCCUUUACUGUGUUGUUCUCCUAGCUCUUCUCUCUGCUUCCGGCGUCGCGCGCGCCUCCGCCGACCCAGAACUCGCGCUCUACGAUGACAUGGACGCGAGCGCCGAGGCGCUGGGCAAUUUCCUGGACGUCCGCGACACGGGCGAGAAGCGGAGCACCCUGCGGGCCUCGAUGGCGCGCCGUUCGCAGAAGAGCAGCAAGGAGGAGCAAUUUAUUCCCUCAAUAAGUGUCGGCGCCCUGACCAACUUGCGCGGCUUCUUUGACAACCUCAAGUACAAUCUGGAGAGCCUCGAGUCCAAGUCGCUGACGCCCAACCAAGUGCGAUUCCUCACCUCGUCCAACACGCCGCCGGAGAACUUCAAAUACGAAUACGUGGACGAGAGCCAAGUGAAGCCCAGCGGAACCGCAGCUUUCCUCCACGCUAUCAGGCAGUACCGGCCCUCCAACCGCGUGCGCGCCCUGGUGCCCAUGCACUCGGACACCUAUCGCAAUCCUGGCCUCUACUACGCCGGCCGGAAGUGAGCGCUGCCGCAGAGCUAGUCGUUGUGUUGUUUUUCCGACUCAUGCAAUAAUUUUCCUCCACACCUGUAAAGCUGUACUUUGCGGAUAAUGCGA